CUCUCCUCUGAAAAUACCUUCAAUACUCCCUCACACAUCACUCAGACCAGUCAACCCCACUCCCAGUCGCAAAACAUAUAACAAAUUUACUCACUACCCAAAAAACACGACAAACAAUGAAUCGCAUUCUGGAGCAGGUGAUCCAUCAGAAUGGAAACAUCGUGGAGCGGAUUAUAUCGGAGCAUACGCUGGGCUAUGUGGUCUCCGAUAAUAUGGCCAAUGCAGUGGCCGAGACGUCCUUCGAUAACACAAGUGCCCAGGCGAUCGUGAAGCAUCUGAAUGGUUACCUGGUGAACACCUGCCAGAGUGUAGUCCGUGACAUUGACCCCACCAACAAGCUGUGCUUCAUGCGCCUGGCCACUCGCAAGUUUGAGUAUCUGGUGGCUCCUGAGGAGUAUUUUACCAUUACUGUGGUUCAGUGAAAAGUGGGUUCGGUGGGAAUAUUCCAUUCGUUGGAGGAUUGAAAAGGAUUUUCAGAUGUCUUAUAAAUUAUCUAAAAAUUUUAGGAAUAUAUCCUGAAUCUGAAUCUAAAGUUUUAGGAUAUUGCUUCCUGAAAUCUUUAGGUAAUUUGUGAUUUCUGUUCUUCAAAGCCAUCUCCAAAAUAUUAUUAAUGUUGUAAAGGUAAUAAAAUAUGCAUUAAGCUGAA